UAUCCUAAGACAUCUUAGAGUACAAUUUUUCUUACCAUUACUUUUCUGAAUUCAUAGAAGUCAUGGGCUUCCGCUUGCCUGGGAUUGUUAAUGCUAAGCAGAUCCUGCAGCGAGUGCGGAUGGGUGGAGGGGUAAAAAAUGUACCAAAAGGUUAUUUUGCUGUUUAUGUGGGAGAAGACCAGAAGAAGAGAUUUCUGGUUCCGGUUUCAUACUUGAAGGAUCCUUCAUUUCAGAACUUAUUGAGUCAGGCAGAGGAAGAGUUCGGGUUCAAUCAUUCAAGGGGAGGUCUCACAAUCCCAUGCACAGAAAAAGCCUUCAUUGAUGUCACUUGUAGUUUGAAUUGCUGAUGAAAGCAGAGGAUCUCUAACAACAUUGACCUGUGAGCCAGUCUCCACAAUUUUGAAUUAAGACGACUUGGUUGUUUCA